UGCUUUAAUUGAUAAGACGCCCGCUAUAGACCUCUAAUAACUGGGACAACGAUGAUUGGUGGGACUCUCUACCUCCUUGUCUUGAUAUGGACAUGUAGUCACGCUCUACAUACAGACAUGUCACGGGUCAAUGACUGGGGAAAUGGGAGAUUUGAAGGUCACUUUACGUUCCCCAUUCACGGUGAAGACAUCGGGGGAUGGGAAUGUAUAAUCACCUUCUCUGAACCAGUUACUGGAAUAUCAGAGUGGAUGGGAGACAUCAUUAAGCACUCUACAGACAACACUGUGUAUGUCCUGGUAAAUAAACCACACACAGGCAUACAGAGAGACGGACAAACCCUGGACAUCACCGUCCAGGGCAGCUACACUGGAAGUAAAGCCCCCACCGCUACAGCUGAGCUCGUCAAUCUCGCACACGACGGACUCAAGCCCCCAACCGUUUCCGUGGAUGAUAGAACAAAGUACAAUUACAAUGAGGUUUUGAUGAAGUCCAUCAUGUUUUACGAGGCUCAGAGGUCAGGGAAACUACCAGACGACAACAGGAUCACGUGGCGAGGGGAUUCAUCUCUACUGGACCAAGGGGACAACGGGGAGGAUCUCACAGGUGGCUGGUAUGACGCUGGAGACAACAUAAAAUUUGGCUUCCCGAUGGCAGCAACAACAACAAUGUUGACCUGGGGUCUUCUGAGGUAUAAAGACGCGUACCAACACAGCGGGCAACUGGACAAAAUGUACGAAUGCAUCAGGUGGCCGCUAGAGUGGCUCCUGAAAUGUCACACCGGAACUAACGAGUUAUACGUACAGGUCGGAGAAGGAAAAUCUCACUCUGUAUGGGACAGACCAGAAAGUAUUACAACUAGACAACCUGUGUUCAAAGUGGAUGAAAAUAAACCUGGAAGUGACGUUGCUGGAGAAUAUGCUGCUGCAAUGGCGGCUGGAUACUUGGCUUUUAAAGAUAAAGAUCCGACAUUUGCUGCUAAACUGUUGCAACAUGCCAAACAGAUCAAUGAGUUUGCUGUUACUUACAAGGGAAAAUACUCUGACAGUGUCAUGGCCGCAGCCGAGUUCUACAGAUCAAAUGACUAUAACGAUGAACUGUCCUGGGCGGGUGUGUGGCUUUAUAAGGCCACUAAUGACAGUCAGUACUUGGCUCAGGCGGAGAAGUACUACGUGUCCGGGGCCUCGUGGGGACAGUCCUGGGACGACAAAACGGCCGGAUGUCAGGUUUUGUUGUAUGAAGAAACUGGGAAAGACAAGUAUAAACAGGAGAUAGAGUUGACCUAUAACGACUGGAUGCCCGGAGGAAGUAUACCAUACAGUCCUAAGGGUCUUGCCUUCAGGAACCAGUGGGGGUCACUUAGAUACGCGUCAAACAUGGCUUUUGUUGCCCUUGUGGCGGCUGAUGACGGCCUCCAUACCUCCAGCUAUCGUAACUGGGCCAAGAGCCAGAUCCAUUAUGCUCUAGGUGAUGCGGGGAGAAGCUUCGUUUGUGGCUUCGGCGUUAACCCUCCUGUUCAACCUCAUCAUCGUGGGGCCUCUUGUCCAUCGAUCCCAGCUCCAUGUGGAUGGGCUGAUCAGACUAAAAAGGCGCCAAAUCCCCACGUGCUUUAUGGCGCACUGGUCGGUGGCCCGGAUGUGAAUGACGCUUACACUGACAGUCGUCAGAACUUCCAGAGCAACGAGGUGGCCUGUGAUUAUAAUGCCGGCUUCCAGUCAGCUGUGGCAGGUUAG